ACAUUCGAGCUCUGUGCGUUUUGGGAAGCAAGCAAGCAAGCACAGCGAAGCGAAGCGAAGAUGGUGGUGAAGAUCGGCAUCAAUGGGUUCGGCCGCAUCGGAAGGUUGGUCCUGAGGGCUUCCCUCAACCACCCUCAGGUGCAGGUGGUGGCUGUGAACGACCCUUUCCUUGAUCCCGAGUACAUCGUCUACCUCUUCAAGUACGACACUGUGCACGGCAAGUACAAGGGCGAGGUCGGUCUGUCGGCCGACAAGAAGCUGAUCGUGGAUGGCAAGGAGAUCGCCAUUUUCGCUCUGAGGGAUCCUUCCGCGAUUCCGUGGGGAGAGGCAGGUGCGGAUUACGUGGUCGAGUCCACCGGUGUGUUCACGGACAAGGACAAGGCGGCUGCUCAUCUGAAAGGCGGCGCGAAGAAGGUGGUCAUCUCUGCUCCCUCUGGCAACGCGCCGAUGUUCGUGAUGGGCGUGAACGAGGAGAAGUACACGCCGGAUCUGGACGUGAUCUCGAACGCGAGCUGCACGACCAACUGCUUGGCGCCUCUUGCGAAGGUCAUCAACGACAACUUCGGCAUCGUCGAGGGACUCAUGACCACCGUGCACGCCGUGACGGCCACGCAGAAGACCGUGGACGGGCCAUCUGGCAAGGAUUGGAGGGGCGGGCGUGGGGCUGGAUUCAACAUCAUUCCCAGCGGAACGGGCGCCGCCAAAGCUGUGGGCAAAGUCCUUCCUGUGCUCAACGGCAAGCUGACGGGCAUGGCUUUCCGUAUUCCGACCGCCGAUGUGUCUGUGGUGGAUCUGACGGUGAGGCUGGAGAAGAGCGCCAGCUACGACGAAAUCAAGGCUGUAAUCAAGAAGGCCUCCGAGACCGAUCUGAAGGGCAUCUUGGGGUUCACGGAGGACGAUGUGGUGUCGUCGGAUUUCAUCGGUGAUGCUCGGUCGAGCAUCUUCGACGCCAAGGCGGGGAUUGCCCUGAACGGGAACUUCGUGAAACUGGUGUCCUGGUACGACAACGAGUGGGGUUACUCCAACCGUGUGGUGGAGUUGAUUGAGCACAUCUCCAAGGCUUAGAUCAUUGUGAGGGUGUAGGCGUGUCAGUGUGUGUGUGUGUUGUGUGCGUAGGUAGGUAGUAGCUAAUUAGUUGAGAGCAGUCAUUGCGAGGGCACUCGAUUGUGUUUUUCCCUCGUGAUUUCUGAUUGGCGGAAUCAUAAUGAGACUAUAUGUAAUUUGGGUAGCUUGUGGCGGGUAGGGAAACGAGAAAGAGGAGUAGGGGGAGGUAUAGGGUGACCUGCAAUAAGUCGAUCUUUUUUAUUCAAUCUAUUAUCUGUGGGGGUGAAACAGAUCAAACAAACACCACGCUUAAAA